AUAUUCAUUAUGGACGAGAUUGCCCCAGAGUACGAUGUUGUGGUGCUGGGCACUGGCCUGACCGAGUGUGUUUUGUCUGGUGUCCUUAGUGUCAAGGGCAACAAGGUCCUUCACAUCGAUCGCAAUGAUCACUAUGGAGGAGAAGCAGCUUCCGUCAACAUCGAAGCACUGUUCAAGAAAUACGGCAACGUCAGCCCCGGCGAGGAGCCAUGGAAGAAAUACGGGAGGGUCAAUGACUGGAACAUCGACUUGGUCCCCAAGCUGCUCAUGUCCAACGGAGAGUUGACCAACAUUUUGGUGUCCACCGAUGUUACCCGGUACCUCGAGUUCAAGCAGAUUGCUGGCAGCUAUGUCCAGCAAGGCAAGGGCCCCAAGGCGACCGUGGCUAAGGUGCCUUCGGAUGCUGGUGAAGCUCUCCGCUCAUCGCUCAUGGGCUUGUUCGAGAAGCGACGUGCCAAGAAGUUCCUCGAGUGGGUUGGUGAAUUCAAGGAGGACGACCCAGCCAGUCACCAGGGAUUGAACAUCCACACUUGCACUAUGAAGGAGGUCUACGACAAGUUCGGCCUCGAGGAUAACACCCGCGAUUUUGUCGGUCACUCUAUGGCUUUGUACCCCUCCGACGAAUAUAUCAACCAGAACGGUGCCGCCGUCGAAACCAUUAACCGCAUCCGCCUGUAUGUCAACUCUAUGGCACGCUACGGAAAAUCGCCUUACAUCUACCCUCUCUACGGUCUCGGCGAGCUGCCCCAGGGCUUCGCUCGUCUGUCUGCCAUCUACGGCGGUACCUACAUGUUGAACACCGACGUUGACGAGGUGCUUUACGAGAAUGGCAAGGUUUCCGGCAUCAAGGCGACCAUGAAGGACCGUGAUGACCAAUCCGAGGCCAUGAAGUUUGAGACCAAGACCAAGAAGAUCAUCGCUGAUCCUUCCUACUUCCCAAGCAAGUCUAAGGUCACCGGAUACUUGCUCAAGGCCAUCUGCAUUCUGAACCACCCCAUCGAUAAGACCGACGGCAGCGACUCUGUGCAGCUGAUCAUCCCCCAGUCCCAGGUUGGACGCAAGCACGAUAUUUACAUUGCUAUGGUCUCAUCCGCGCAUAACGUCUGCCCCAAGGGUUACUACGUCGCCAUUGUGUCCACCAUCGCCGAGAACGAUGCCAACCACCACCUUGAGCUUGAGGCUGGCUUCGAGCGUCUGGGCAAGAUUGAGGAGAAGUUCAUGGGACCUCCUAUUCCUCUCUACGAGCCCAUCGACAAUGGCGAGGAGUCCAACAUCUUCAUCUCUAAGAGCUAUGACGCGACAUCACACUUCGAGACUACGACCGACGAUGUCCGUGAUGUGUACCGCCGUGCCACUGGCGAGGAGUUGAAGGUUGAGGGUCUCCGGGAAGACCAGCAACUAGCCGCCGAGUAAAAAGGCGUCGCCUUGACAAUCGGAUAAUCUAGUACUACUUAGAUUGCUUAUAUUUCUCUUGGACAUGUGCGAUAGUCUCUCUGUUCAUUGUCCGCUCUUCCCUAUCAUAACAAACGAAGCACAAUAUCUCUGGUCAAUACCAUGCUCUUCGCUCGUACGAUGGAUAGAAUUUGCCAACUUUAUUGAUGCAAA